UAACGUUUGCCUACCUGAGGCUUACUCGCUAGUAGGCUAGCAUGGUACUAUCAGAGAAUGUCUAAUAAACGUAAACGGGCUCUGGUAACGUUACUAUCAAACUUACCCCAUGAUGAAUAUUAUCCAAGCGGCUCACAUAUCCUGACAAUCAUCGCAUCCACUUAAAUAUCUGUUGAUGGAAAAGGCAAACAAUCACAUUCUUCAUUUUAGGAAAUCCAGUAACCCACACUGCUGCUGAGAAGGGCUAUACUGAAGAAGUCAAGCAGGAUACCGUUAAUAUGAUACCUGACAAAGACCUAAUUAACAAUGAUGCCAGUCACAGGAGCAAGUCAGGCUGUCCUGUUCACACACCUUCAGUGACUGGCAAUGGGAAAUGUACAACACAUGGAAAACAUGGAGAUGACACCAAGGUCAAGAUGCCUGAAGGGAAGUGCAAACCACUACCUCUAGAGUGGUGGAAGACUUUUAUUGCACUCACCUAUGCUGUGUUCAACCUGGUUUUAACCACUGUCAUGAUCACAAUUGUGCAUGAGAGGGUCCCUUCCAAAGAGAGCAGCCCCCCUUUACCAGACAAAUUUUUUGACUAUAUUGACCGUGUGAAGUGGGCCUUUAUGGUGACAGAAGUGAAUGGGAUCAUUCUUACAUGUAUUUGGUUUGUACAGUUGACAUUUCAUAAAUACAGGGCCAUUGUGGCCAGGAGGUUUUUCUUCAUCAUGGGCACUUUGUAUUUGUACCGCUGCAUUACCAUGUACAUCACUACCUUGCCUGUACCAGGAAUGCAUAUGACCUGUGCUCCUAAGCUACAUGAUGACUCCCAGGCGAAGUUGCAGCGCAUUCUACAACUUAUUUCUGGGGGUGGCCUGUCACUCACUGGUUCACACCUCUUGUGUGGGGAUUUUCUCUACAGUGGCCACACAGUCAUGCUUACUCUGAGCUACCUUUUUAUCAAGGAGUACUCACCACGUUCCUUCUGGUGGUACCACCUGAUGUGUUGGCUUCUGAGUGCUGUGGGUGUGGUGUGUAUACUUGUAGCUCAUGAACACUACAGUGUGGACGUGGUUGUAGCAUACUUCAUCACUUCCCGGCUUUUCUACUGGUACCAUACUAUGGCCAAUGUACAGGCUCUGAGGUCUUCACCAAACAACUAUCUCACCCACACAUGGUGGAAUCCGGUGUUUAACUUUUUUGAGAGGAAUGUGCAGACCCAAGUGCCUUGUUGCUUCUGUUCUCCCAUCACCUGUCCUCCUACUUGUUUAAACAAUCAUUGUAAGAAGUAUUCUGCAGUCCAGAGUAUCUCUGAGGAUUGAACAACCCAUGUGAACAGCAUGACAUUUACAUACAAAAUUAAGUUAACAUUGACAAAUGUCCUUUUCUGACAAAAGCCUUUCUGACAAAAGUACCUUAGCUGUGGUUACCAUCUGGCUUUCAUCAAUCAUUGAUUGCAAAAGAAAUAAUGCAAAAGUCUAGGAUUUAUCUUGGCCUCAAGCAGGUUAGUGAUAUAAUUUUAUCACUAUACAGCUUGAAGGAAACUAAUAAACAAAACAAAAUAUCAAUUAAACAGACAGUAGGUCUAUGUAUUAGAUAAACUACUAAAUUUCAGUUUUAUAGUUUAAGUAGCUUUCAUGCUUUGUUUUCAACCCAAUUAACAUAUUGGUAGACCUAUUUGCCCAAUAAUAAUAUCUCGUUUGCUUAUCACUUGUUAUUACAAAAGUAUGGUAUCUAAAAAACAAUCCUUACUCUGUACCUAAUAAAAUAUACAUGUAAUUUUAAUUCUUAAACAUAUUGUUCCGGUCUUUGAUUAUGAUUGCCUAAACCACAUUUGAAGUUGUUGUAACACACUCUGCAAACUUACACCUGCGACAGCAUUCCAUUAGUGUUACAGGCAGGCUACACCAGGCAUGAAUCAUUCCAUUUGUGGAGCGUAUGCUGCAACAAUUAGCUUCCUCUAUAAUCAAUAGAACUGGCUAUUGGCUGAUGUUUUAUCCUGCGUCUCACAUAUGUCUUGGGGGUCAGUGGUGCCUUGCUCAUGGGCACAAUGGUGGCAGCCAGUACUUGAACCCACAACUUGUCUGGCUACGGCAUAUUAGCCCAGUUCCUUAGCCACUACACUACCACCAACCUUUUUUUAUUUUAUUUUUAUGCUCUGUUACUAUGCCAAACAAAACUCAAGCGCUGCUCCUGUGUUGUUAGGCAACCAUUAUUGCUGAAGACCUACUUUGUUUGGCAUAAGAAUGGUGAUUUAUAUCAAUAAAUUUUUACAUUUUUGAUUCUGCAUUUUAUGAGGUUUAUGUAGUUAGUAUAUGUAAGUAAUCUUUUUUGAAAAGCCAAGCCUGGCGAGGCUGUAGGUUAGUAAUUUUAGAACAAAUUAACAGUUUAGAACAAGCGUCAUGCAUAAAAUCACUGUGCUUAUUGCUUAAAAUCUACUUAUUUAGAAACCAUUUGUAAUAUUCAGAUAGAAAUGCACAAUCAAUUACUGUAUUUCGUAGAUGUCUUUCAGGUCUGAUUUUGUAUUUUGUUAUAAUUCUGUUUUGAUUCUGUGAAUUUAAAUAUCUCUGUCAUACUGUCCUUCUGUAUACCUGAAAUGUUCCAAGUAAAUGCUAUAUACAAUGACUACCUGACAAGCAGUCAAAAUGACUUUAAUUGUUCAUAUUUUAAUAUGCACAAUACAGAGGUCCUUUACCAUUGGAAUGGAGUAGUUAAUCAGCCAGUAAUCUAUUUAUAUG